AAACAAAGACUCGCCGACGUGCUCUCCUCCAGUCCUUAAUAGCCUGAGGAACGCACACGCGGGCACAGAAACCAGCAAACAGCCGAACCAGACUGUACCCACCGGAGAAGCUCUGAACUACACCACAGAUGGGGCCUGGAUUGUUUUGGAACUUCCCUCCCAAGGCUGGCUGCACGGUUCCACAGAGCCUCCUGCAGACCAUGUUGCUGUCCAGGAUGGCGGGGAUGAAGGAGCAGCAGUUCACAGAGGAGAAGCCCCUGCUGCCGGAGCAGCGCGGAGUAGACUCAGACAUGCAGGAUAAAGGAGAGGAGGCAUCGGGGGGGUUACCGUGCCCCGCAAGCCCCGCAAGCCCCGCCAGCCCUGUGCCCCCUAACCAACCCCCUCCCCCCAGCCGCCCCACUCACCGCUGGCAUGUCAUCGCACGGCACUGGCUCCGCCAGACCCGCCGUCGGACCAGCGGGGUCAUCCCGGAGAGUUGUGAACAGCUGAUGCCGGUGGGGGACUGGAAGGAACAUGAUAUCGAGACCCCUUAUGGAAUGCUGCACGUGGUGAUCCGCGGGGCACCCAAGGGAAACAAACCUGCCAUCCUCACCUACCACGAUGUGGGACUGAACCACAAGCUGUGCUUCAACUCGUUCUUCAAUAACGAGGACAUGCAGGAGAUCACCAAGCACUUCGUGGUUUGCCACGUCGACGCCCCGGGACAGCAGAUUGGAGCGUCCCAGUUGCCACAGGGGUACCAAUACCCGACGAUGGACCAGUUGGCCGGGAUGCUGCCCACUGUAGUGCAGCACUUUGGAUUUAAGAGCAUCGUUGGGAUCGGUGUUGGAGCUGGAGCUUACAUUCUGGCCAAGCUUGCUCUGAUCUUCCCUGACAUGGUGGAGGGUUUGGUCCUGCUCAACAUCGACCCCAAUGGUAAAGGCUGGAUCGACUGGGCUGCCACUAAGCUGUCAGGGCUGACCAGCGCUCUGCCAGACACUGUGCUGCCACAUCUCUUCAGCCAGGAGGAGCUGAUGAACAACACAGAGCUAGUGCAGAGCUACAGGCAACAGAUCAACAACACCAUCAACCAGUUCAACCUGCAGCUUUUCUGGAACAUGUACAACAGCCGGAGGGACCUGGAGAUGAAUCGCAGUGGGACAGUGAUCAACGCCAAGACCCUGAAGUGUCCUGUGAUGCUGGUGGUGGGAGACAACGCUCCUGCUGAGGAGGGAGUGGUCGAGUGCAACUCCAAGCUGGACCCGACCAACACCACCUUCCUAAAGAUGGCUGACUCCGGUGGACUUCCUCAGCUCACUCAGCCCGGCAAACUCUCUGAAGCCUUCAAGUACUUCCUGCAGGGGAUGGGCUACAUUGCUUAUGUGAAGGAUCGGAGGUUGAGUGGAGGGCCAGUGCCCUCCGCCAGUAUGACCCGUCUGGCUCGCUCCAGGACGGCCUCCCUGACCAGCGCCAGCUCCAUUGACGGGUCCCGCUCUCGGGCCUGCACCCAUUCCGACAGCACUGAGGGAGUCGGCACGGUCACUCAAACCAUGGAGGUGUCCUGCUAAGCUGAGCCAUAGAAAGAGGGAGGGAGGAGUUAGAGGGAUGGAAGGGAGAGACAGGGAGAGGCAAAAGUGGAAGUGAGGUUCAUGAAUGAGGUGAAGACGGCUCUCUCUGUCUUUAUCUAUCUCCUCCGGAUCCCUCUGUCUGCCAUCUUCUUCCCUCCUCCACUGUAAGAUACCAUAUGUAUUGCUAACGCCCUACCACACCUGUCAGUUAAAGAUUUAGACAACUUGUUUCCUUUCUCUAGUUGUCAUUCUUGUGUUUGCUAAGUGUCUCCUCAUUCUUUGCCUGCACCUGUUAUAACCCCCCCCCCCCCCAAAAAAAAAAUAACCCUGUCAGUCAAACAUCCCCACAACAAUAUGUGAUAAUGAGCUGCUGAUAAGAUGAACAUCUGUCAGAGAUGGUGGAGGUGCUGGAUUUUAGUGGGUAACAUAAUGAAAAAUUGUAAUGUAUCAGUACUAAACAGUUUUUUUUUUUCUUGUAAUGUGAGAAUCUCUCUCUGUGUUGUUUGCAAAGGAUGGUCAUUUCAGAGGGGGCGUGUCCAGGAUUUGACAGACAGCAGAACACAGCUUAUCGUAGCUGAGUGCACCUGUAGUGCUUAGAGAGGAGUCGUUAGCUGUUUUUAGUCUAAGAGCGUAGCUAGAAUACCCCACGCUGAUUUAAAGCUGCACUUAGUGAGAUUUUGUUUUAUAUUUGUAAACCACACUAAAAAUGUAAGCGUGAUCUGAUCGGCCUAAAUGUGGUUCAGGUUCAGAUUACUGCUGGGAGCAGGUGGGCCAAUGUUAUCAUACACACCUUCCCAGUAAAGUAUUAAAAAAAUCCAUCUGUGUAAUAACAGUCUGUUUGUACAAGGUAGUCAGAGAUCUGAGACACAAUCUGAGGCUGGACUCAAUGAACUUUGAUUACAUCCUGAAAGAAAAUUGAAACCCCGGCACCAGUUGUAAACCGAGCCACUACAUCACCACGGAGCUUGGCUGACACAAAUUAGCAGCUUCCACCUGUUUUUACUGCGUCUUACCUUAAUAAUCUGAGCGUGAUAUGGCCAAAUGUAACUAAAGUUGUGUUCAAAUAAUCUUGAUUUUGAGCAAAUUGACAAUCCGUAAUUUGUCCAAUCUAUUAUUUAGUGUCAAAAGAGAAUAACAUUACAGAUACGGAUUUACAAUCUGAUGCAGGCAAUGUAGCAGUAAAUUUCACAGAAGCACUUAAUCAGCAUGCAAAAAAAAUCUUGGAGUGGAACUUAAUAUAGUGAACUAAGUAUUAAACUGCUUUAAAAAAUAUAAUUGAAAUAGAUUAUGAGCUUAAUGUUCAUUUAUGAUGUUUGUAUGUAGCGUGAGCUCUGGGGAAUAGAGCUAUAUCUCAUAGAGGAAUUAGUAUUAUUCUGUAUAAGCUUAAAGUGGAAAAAGGAAACGCAUUUAGAAGAUUUAAUCUCUUGAACUACACUGUAGUUCUAUUCUAUUCUAUAAUGAUUUUACUGAUUAUUAAAGUUCAAAUAGUCCCUCAUUUCUUCCAUUUGGAGCCACAUUAGUGUACCGUUGCUGAGUGCAGCUUUACCUUGUGUGUCAUCUCAUAUUUAGAGAGACAAUCCACUACAUUAACAUAGGCUAGAAUACGUAUUUAUCAUCAUGUAUAUGCAUGUGAAUGUGAAAGUAAUCUUAGGGCAUUUUAGAAUCUGAGUAGUAUCUAGUAUUAGGGCAUUCUUCAUUCGCACCUUACAUGUGGCUAGUUAAAUAGAGCCAUGGAUGCAACCGCCAAUCAUCAGUCUGUAACUCCAGUGUAUGGACGUGGUUCCGGCCGUAGUCGGCUCUUUGUGGUCUCUAACGUGACAAUCACACUAUGACCCAAACCAAACUAGACCAGGGGGACCGAGGCAGGACCAGGCCGACCCGACAAAACUUUCUGGGUCACCGCCAAAGAACUCGCAGAAGCCUUCCCUUACAGCGCCCAGCCCCUCUCUGUGGAUAUACCAAAGCUGCAAACACACAAGUAUCCACAACCACACACACAUUCCCACGCACACACACACACAUUCUCACACAUGAAAGCUGUGUGGGCUGUGCUUUGUAAGGGAACUAAGCCAAAGAUAAGACAUGAAAACACUAAACUCACAUCAAAGAAGGAAGUCAUCACUUUGUGGUCGGUGUGUGUUUUGAUGUGCUGUGCAACCAUAAUGUCACAGAUAUAGUACAUGUAUAUAGUUUUAGACUAGUGAAGCUGUGUGCUGUUAUCAGUUCUAAUGCUGGACCACCUUUUCAUUGUGAUCAGACGUGGGGUCCCCUGGUUUUCGGCUUAGUAAUGUACUGUAUUUGUGUAACAUUGUCACCUUCUUCUGUUUCCAGUUUUACACAAAACCCUUUGGUCCCCUGUCAGUAGGGGCGUAGCUUCCAAUCGCUGAGGUGUGCACUUCCCUGAGGCAGCCUGUAAGGGGCGGGGCUUUUUUGGUGCCAUUUGGGCGCCAAGCUCGGAAUGUAGGGCAACCCCCAUCCACCUCAAAAAAAAAAAACCCUUCCCCUAAAAAAAAAAAUCACAAGGUGCCCCGGCUCUCACAGGCAAACCCAGUCGCACCCUAAAGGGCUAUCAGCUGAAGUCACUUUUUAAAAUGUUGGUCGUGUUAGUCGUGUUGCUGAGAUCCAGGGGACCCAGGAGAGCAGCAGACUGACAGAGAAUAAGCUUUUUUUUUCCAUGCAAAGAGAAGGGGAUUUUUCCAAGCAUAGAGAGAGAUUCUGAAUGAAUGUUAAAGGAAAACGAAUGUGUUUUUGUUGAAGCUGGAGAGAUUAUUGUUGAAUUGUGUGAACUAUCCAAUAAGUGUAAAAGAUUGAAAAACUAUCCUGACGUGCAGGGAUGAGAGAUUAUGAUGAGAUGUUAGACACUCAGAUCAAACACCUCAGUCGUGGAUGAAUUUCAUGAACACUGAAGGAUGCAUGUAGCGGAGUUCGUAUACAGUCAUACUUUCAGUGUUUCUUCUCUACACCAAGCUAUUUUCUGCCAUCUUCACUUUGGUUUCCUCCAACAUGACUACUACCCAAACUGCCUGGGGGGCUCCUGAAUGUAUUUUGUCCCUUUUUGAAGUGCUGUACAGUAUUGUCAACCUACGCCUCUCAGAACCCCUCUAUGGUUUGCACUUCCUUUCCUGCUCUGCAUCUUUGACAUCUAACCCUGUACAUGAAACCCAGUUCUUUCCUGCUCCUCCUGCAAGGUCUAUAAAUAGUGAAGCGCAGUAGCAAUUGUGAAAGUCCACAGUAAGCUGCCACUGGGAUCAGUGUGUAUAGACCUUGGUCCUCCUUGCACUUGUAGAUACUUUUUAUUUAUAGAGCAGGUUACCCAAACCGAACACCCUCACACUAAUGUAUUGUGAAAAAAAAAACGUAUUUCUGUUCCUCUUCCCUUGGAGUUUCUGUUUUUUAUAGGCAACAAUAGGGUGUAAUCUCAUCUUGGUAUAAUGAUAUUGGUUCAUGUGUACUACUACUAUUCUUCUUCUUCUUACUGCCAUUAUGAUUGAUUUGUAUUGAGCAAUAAGUUUUUUUUUUCUUGUUUGGAUCAUUUCAUAUUGUGGGAGUCUUCCCUAUGAGCUUGUUUCUAUUCACAACAGUAGACGGACUCUUACCUGCUUUGUUGUCAUUCAAAUGUGUAAUGUAAAGUUUAAAUAUAUUAUAUAUAAAUACAUAUACAAAGUAAGCUGUCUCUGUCCAUGUACUGAUCAAGUAACAAGUAAGAAAUAAAGACUUCAUGUCAGAA